AUGAGCAAGAGUCUACUAGAAGGUCUAAUAGAAGGUCUAAUAGAAGGUCUAAUAGAAGGUCUAAUAGUAGGUCUACUAGAAGGUCUACUAAAAGGUCUAAUAGAAGGUCUAAUAGUAGGUCUACUAGAAGGUCUACUAAAAGGUCUACUAGAAGGUCUACUAGAUGGUCUACUAAAAGAUCUACUAGAAGGUCUACUAGAAGGUCUACUAAAAGGUCUACUAGAGGGUCUACUAGAAGGUCUACUAAAAGGUCUACUAGAAGGUCUACUAAAAGGUCUACUAGAGGGUCUACUAAAAGGUCUACUAAAAGGUCUACUAGAAGGUCUACUAAAAGGUCUACUAGAAGGUUUACUAAAAGGUCUACUAGAAGGUCUACUGAAAGAUCUACUAGAUGGUCUACUAAAAGAUCUACUAGAAGAUCUACUAGAAGGUUUACUAAAAGGUCUACUAGAGGGUCUACUAAAAGGUCUACUAGAGGGUCUACUAAAAGGUCUACUAGAGGGUCUACUAAAAGGUCUACUAAAAGAUCUACUAGAAGAUCUACUAGAAGGUUUACUAAAAGGUCUACUAGAGGGUCUACUAGAAGGUCUACUAAAAGGUCUACUAGAAGGUCUACUAAAAGGUCUACUAGAUGGUCUACUAAAAGGUCUACUAAAAGGUCUACUAGAAGGUCUACUGAAAGAUCUACUAGAAGGUCUACUAAAAGGUCUACUAGAGGGUCUACUAAAAGGUCUACUAAAAGGUCUACUAGCAGGUCUACUAAAAGGUCUACUAGAAGGUCUACUGAAAGAUCUACUAGAAGGUCUACUAAAAGGUCUACUAGAGGGUCUACUAAAAGGUCUACUAAAAGGUCUACUAGAAGGUCUACUAGAAGGUCUACUAAAAGGUCUACUAGAAGGUCUACUAGAUGGUCUACUAAAAGAUCUACUAGAAGGUCUACUAGAAGGUCUACUAAAAGGUCUACUAAAAGGUCUACUAGAAGGUCUACUAAAAGGUCUACUAAAAGGUCUACUAGAAGGUCUACUAGAGGGUUUACUAAAAGGUCUACUAGAGGGUCUACUAAAAGGUCUACUAGAAGGUCUACUAAAAGGUCUACUAGAAGGUCUAAUAGAAGGUCUACUAAAAGAUAUACUAGAAGGUCUACUAGAAGGUCUAGUAGAAGGUCUACUAAAAGGUCUACUAAAAGGUCUACUAGAAGGUCUACUAGAGGGUUUACUAAAAGGUCUACUAGAGGGUCUAAUAGAAGGUCUACUAAAAGAUAUACUAGAAGGUCUACUAGAGGGUCUACUAAAAGGUCUACUAGAAGGUCUACUAGAAGGUCUACUAGAAGGUCUACUAGAGGGUUUACUAAAAGGUCUACUAGAAGGUCUACUAGAAGGUCUACUAAAAGGUCUACUAGAAGGUCUACUAGAAGGUCUACUAGAGGGUCUACUAAAAGGUCUACUAGAAGGUCUACUAGAAGGUCUACUAAAACAUCUACUAGAAGGUCUACUAAAAGGUCUACUAGAAGGUCUACUAAAAGGUCUACUAAAAGGUCUACUAGAAGGUCUACUAAAAGGUCUACUAGAAGGUCUACUAGAAGGUCUACUAGAAGGUCUACUAGAAGGUCUACUAAAAGGUCUACUAGAAGGUCUACUAGAAGGUCUACUAGAAGGUCUACUAAAAGGUCUACUAGAAGGUCUACUAGAAGGUCUACUAAAAGGUCUACUAGAAGGUCUACUAGAAGGUCUACUAGAAGGUCUACUAGAGGGUCUACUAAAAGGUCUACUAGAGGGUCUACUAAAAGGUCUACUAGAGGGUCUACUAAAAGGUCUACUAGAGGGUCUACUAAAAGGUCUACUAGAAGGUCUACUAGAAGGUCUACUAGAAGGUCUACUAGAAGGUCUACUAAAAGGUCUACUAGAAGGUCUACUAGAAGGCCCGGAGCUAGAGGACGGCUCAGGUUUAGACUCUGAAAGCGGUGAAGCUGUGAAGAAAAAGGAGACUGAUACCAAUCUCGCCGAGACAGACAACGUGCUCAAGAUAAACACGACCUCUCUGAGUCUCCAAGUGCCUGAAUGUGCCAAAGGCGAAGGUCAACCUCAGACAGAACACGUAGCUCCUCCACACACAUCAGCGUCGACUGUAAUUUCUGAGAAAAUACCAGAUUGGGGAUCAGUUUCAGCAGCUCGGUGCAGCGGCGCCAUGAUUCAGCAAAGUGGGACAGCAAAGAACAUUUCAUCAUCUGCUACCAUGGGAACCGAUGAUGACACAUCUCCAGCUAAUAAAGGUGUGUUACCAGGGGCCAUGGGGCCAAGUACAGACGAGAUGGAUGACAAAUUAUCUCACCAGCCAGACACGAUGUCAUCAAAAGAGGAGAUCAUAGAAGAAGAGAGGAAAAUAAACGAGAGCUUGACCUUACUGGAGCUGGAAAAUUGUGAUCUGGUUUCUGAAGUCUGUCCAGAAAGGACAGAGGAGGACAGAGGAGAACCAGACACACACACGAUGAGAUAUCAGCGUCUCACUGGUCCACCUGGAAACACAGGAUUACAGGGAUAUCAGGGUCCACCUGGACUUUCUGGAGGUCCAGGACCAAAAGGAGAAAAGGGCACUGCAGGAGCAAUGGGACGCGCAGGACGCACUGGUUACAGUGGGCCGACUGGUCCUCCCGGGAUUCCAGCCAUCAUCAUGUGGAUGACAUCAGAGGAAGAAUGGCAAGCGUUUAAGAAGAGUAAACUCUACAAAAAGCUGAUGAUGUCAUGGCCGAAACAGAAAGGACGUCCGGGACCACCGGGGAGACCCGGAGAUCCAGGUCCACCUGGUCGUCUUGGAGUUCCGGGGAAACAGGGCAAGAAAGGAGUCACAGGGCCGAUUGGCAGAGCAGGACCACCUGGGAUACCUGGACCUCCUGGAAGAAAGGGCCAAGAUGGCACACCAGGAAAAGAUGGAGAAACUGGCCAACUGGGACCACGAGGGAAAGAUGGUCCAGAGGGCUACAGAGGAGAGCGGGGCAGUAAAGGGGAGCUGGGUGAGUGGGGUUACACUGGAGAACCAGGAGCUCAGGGUGAGAGAGGCAGGAACGGGGAGAAGGGACAUAAAGGGGACGUUGGUCUGAUCGGAAUAAACGGCUAUGUUGGGCUGCCUGGAGCACGAGGACAGCGGGGGUUUAUGGGAGCAUCUGGUCCUCCUGGAGAACCCGGAUGGCCGGGGUUUACAGGAGCUCCAGGUCCAACAGGUCGUAUGGGGCAGAGAGGUGAAAAGGGGCUGAGUGGAGUUAAAGGUCCUCCUGGUCAGUCUGGUGACGUCGGAGCGCGAGGAGAAGUUGGGAAACCAGGAGAUCCAGGUCCUGAAGGCAUGAUGGGAUUUCAUGGAGAUGCUGGACCUCAGGGUAAACCAGGGCGAGAUGGUCCUCCAGGACCUAAAGGAGACCCUGGACAGACUGGAACUGAAGGGUCCAUUGGAGACCCAGGACCACCAGGACCACCAGGUGUUGUUGGAAAAGAUGGAAAUCUAGGACCCUCAGGUGAUCCAGGUGUGAAAGCUGAGAGAGGAGAUAAAGGAGAUCCUGGUGAAAGAGGAGAACAAGGUUUUCCGGGUACUCCUGGUUUUCCCGGGUUCCGUGGUCGAGCGGGUCGUUCGGGCGUACAGGGAGAUCCCGGGCCGACCGGAUCCACCGGAUCACCGGGACCGCAAGGUUUGGAAGGAAGUGCUGGAGAUCAGGGUAAGCAAGGCAAAGAUGGCCCAAAGGGAGAACGAGGUCCUGAUGGUGCAACUGGAGUUCCAGGGCCGAGAGGUGAUAAGGGGCGGUCGGGGCGGGGUGGAUUCAGCGGCCUGCCGGGAUCGUUGGGACAAAUGGGAAAAUCGGGACAGCGAGGACCUGAAGGAGAGCCUGGUAUCAAGGGUAGAACGGGGUUUCCGGGAGGACCUGGAGCUAAAGGUCUGAAGGGACUACAGGGUUUCCCAGGGAUUCGAGGGCAGGAUGGAUUUCAUGGUUCUCCAGGUCACACAGGAGCACUAGGAGCGAAUGGAGACACGGGUUCUUCAGGACGCAAGGGUUUCCGGGGAAAGCCUGGAGCUCCUGGUCUACAAGGUCCUGUUGGAAACAUUGGGGAUCCGGGAAGUAGGGGAACCGUUGGCAUACCUGGGAAGCCUGGAGCGUUGGGAAUCAAAGGCUCUGAGGGACCAAAGGGACAUGCUGGUAGUCCUGGGCAGAAGGGAGAUCAAGGACACGAGGGUCCUAAAGGAAAACGAGGACGUCCAGGAGCUCGAGGUCUGCAGGGAGGUAAAGGUUACAGAGGGAAUCCUGGUGUACAGGGGAAUAUGGGUGUGUGGGGUACAACGGGCCCCCAGGGGCCACCAGGAGAUCAAGGGCCUCAGGGUCCACCUGGUCCUGUAGGGGUGCCUGGAUAUCCGGGGAAAGAUGGACCAGCUGGUGCGUUUGGACCUCAAGGGUAUAAAGGAGAUAAGGGGGUUAAAGGAGCAGAGGGAGUGGAGGGGGUGUCUGGGGUCAACGGUGAGGAGGGUGCAGUCGGAUUCACGGGAGCAGUCGGACCUCUGGGACCGAAAGGACCAGCAGGUGAAAAGGGAAGUCCUGGAUUCUCUGGAGCUUCUGGAUCACAAGGUGUCAGAGGAGACAGAGGGAAUCGUGGGCGAGCAGGGAUAAAGGGCGUUACUGGACAGGAAGGACAGAGUGGCUUUCAAGGGCAAGCAGGAGAACAGGGACCUUCUGGAGAAAAGGGUCAGUCUGGUCCCAGAGGACGUCCUGGUCUGGCAGGUAAAUACGGACCUGGUGGUGAAACCGGACCCGAUGGUACGAAGGGUGAUAAAGGUGAACUUGGGCUUAUUGGCGAAAGUGGGAUUCUGGGCUCCCCAGGUCCUGCAGGUGCACCAGGAACAUUAGGUUCAAUAGGAACCAGAGGUGCUGUUGGAGCUAACGGAUGCUCGGGGCUGAAGGGACAUUUUGGUGAGCGAGGGAGACCUGGAGCUCAGGGUGAAGAAGGACCAGCAGGUAUCGAAGGGGUGAAAGGAAAGAAAGGAGAGAUCGGAGACGGAGGAAAUGAUGGAGCCGUGGGACCUCUGGGUCCUAAAGGGCCUCCUGGAGAAAAAGGCACAAGAGGACCUGCUGGACCUUCAGGAAAUAUAGGGGUGAAAGGUCAACCAGGAACCAAGGGGGAACUUGGACUUCCUGCAGACCGAGGAAGCAAAGGUGUGGCUGGAAGAACAGGAGCUCAAGGUCCGAAAGGAAAACGUGGCUCUCGUGGGAUUCAAGGAAAACCAGGUCUCCGUGGGACCGAUGGGUUACUGGGAGUUCAAGGCAAUGAAGGAGAUCCGGGUGACCGAGGACAUGCAGGAGCUCCAGGAAGACCAGGAGAGCCUGGCAGACCAGGUCCUGCAGGAGAGCCUGGGUUACAGCCUGGGAAGCGAGGACUCGCUGGGAUCAAGGGUUCCUCUGGAGAAAGAGGAGAACCUGGUCUUUCAGGACCUGUUGGACCAAGAGGGAUUCCUGGACUUGGUGGUGAAAAGGGACACGUCGGUCUUCCAGGACCAAAGGGAAUUUCUGGAAUCUCUGGAAGCCCAGGACCUGCAGGAGCACCAGGUCUGAAGGGAAUGCAGGGUGUAGCAGGACCUAAAGGCCCAGCAGGUGCACAGGGUGAAACGGGUCGUCCAGGUCGUCCAGGUCCUCCAGGUCCAUCUGGCCUUCCAGGUUUUUAUGGCACUUUGGGGAAGAAGGGACUGAAGGGUGUGCGAGGGUCCUCAGGGCCGAAAGGAAAGAAAGGGCAAAGAGGAGAACAGGGGAAAGCAGGACCUCCUGGAGCUCGGAAAGCAACACCGAGCAUCUCAGAGACGAACAGAAGUGCAGCCCAAAAUAAAACCAAAAUAAAAUCUCAGAGAAGUCUGAGAUCUUACGAGAAGGUUAAUGCAGAAGAUCAGCCUCGAGGAACUAAAAAGCAUCCGGCGUCGGUGUGCAGAGAACUCGCACUCGGUCAUCCUCAGCUCCAUGACGGAGUUUAUUACAUCGAUCCGAACGAUGGCUGUCCAUUUGAUGCUCUGCAGGUUUUCUGUAACUUUACAGCCGGUGGACUCACCUGUAUCUCACCUGUCCAAUCACAGUUUGUAGGAGGUCAUCAUGUGAUAACAGGAAACACAUCACGGGGGUCUGGUGAGGUGCAGAGUGACGUCAGGCUGGAAUAUCAGCAACUGGAUGUUGUACAGCUGAGAUUUCUGCGCCUUCACAGUGUCUCUGCUACACAGACCAUCAGUGUGUCCUGUUCCACCGCUCGGAGCUUCACAGCAGGAGACGUUCAGUUUGUGGGAGACUCUGGAGGACAAGUCAGUUUCUCCAGCACAGUGGAGUCGAGGAACAGCUGUGAGGCGAAACAGACUGUGCAGAUAAGAUUUUCAGGAAAAGGAGAGAAGAUGAAUCUGCUUCCCAUCAGAGAUCUGCAUUUAUCUGCAGGAGCAAACCAGCAGGAGCUCAGCUUCAGAGCUGAAAUCGGACCUCUGUGCUUUUUAUAGCGCCAUCCAAUGGCACUGAUGAGACACUGCACUUAAAACUAAAGAGUUUCAUUCAAACAGAAAUAUAAUAAUAUUAUAAAUGUACAUAAUGUUUAGUGUAAAAUACAGAAUGUCUCAGUGAAAACUUGAAAGCAAUUUUAUUUGAACUUUAUUAAAGUUUGUUUCGGGACUGAAUUGGAUUUAAAAAUCAGACACAGAGAAAAUCAGCACAAAUAUUAUUUUUAUUAUUUAUUUUAGUGUGAAUCAGAAACUGUAGGAGAAUUUUAGCACAUUAGUUAAGCUUUAGAAUUAAAAUUGAGUUAUUGUGUAAAUUUUUGUUUACAAAAUCUUUUGUGUAGAAAGAAAUGAUAAAUAAAUA